GAAGCUACCCUCUUGUAAUUUCCUGUCAGCGUUUACCCCUGGGACGAGUUCCCAGGCUGCGUUAGAGGCUUCACUCAGUGUUAGUCAUGUUCAAGCACUGAUACAGAUGCGACUGAGGGAAUGAAGCAGCUUUUAUUUGGUUCAGAUAUGUCGGGCUUGGCUGCUCCCUUCCCCUCAGAGCCCCCUCCUGAGCCAGCCGGCCCCAGCUCGGGGAUGUACAGGCUGGAGAUCGAGCUGAAGAGAGGACACAACCUGGCUGUGCGAGACAGACAAGGCACCAGUGAUCCAUAUGUCAAGUUCAAGCUUGCUGGUAAAGAGGUGUUCAGAAGCAAAACCAUCCACAAAAACCUCAACCCGGUGUGGGAUGAGAAGACGACUUUAAUAGUGGACAGUCUGAGGGAACCUGUGUACGUAAAGGUGUUUGACUAUGACUUUGGCCUUCAAGAUGACUUCAUGGGUUCUGCCUUCCUCUACCUGGAGUCUCUGGAGCAGCAGAGGACCAUACCUGUAACUCUGGUGCUGAAGGACCCUCAGCACCCCAGUCAGGACCUGGGCUCCCUGGAGCUGGCCGUCACCCUGACGCCUAAAGACAGCCCCACUGAGGAGCGGCGAGACUCGACGACCAUGCUGCUCAGGAGGUCCUGGAAACGCUCCUCUAAGCAGCAGCAGUCAGCAUGUCUCUCAGAGCUGCAUCGGAAACCACAGCUGUGGAGAGGGAUCGUGAGCAUCGCGCUGAUCGAAGGUCAGAACCUGACUCCCAUGGACCCCAACGGUCUGAGUGAUCCAUACGUCAAGUUCAGGCUGGGACCGCAGAAGUACAGGAGCAAGACUGUGCCAAAGACCCUGAGCCCACAGUGGAGGGAGCAGUUUGAUCUACAUGUGUAUGAGGAGACAGGAGGAGUGCUGGAGAUCACGGUGUGGGACAGAGACACUGGCAGGAGAGACGACUUCCUUGGACGGUGCCAGUUGGACCUCUCCACGUUAGCUAAAGAGCAAACCCAUCACCUGGAGCUGGCGCUGGAGGAGUCCCAGGGCUGCGUGGUGUUGCUGGUCACACUGACCGCCUCAGUCCACGUCUCCAUCGCUGACCUGUCCGUCACACCGCUGGAUGACCCGCAGGAACGCAGAGAGAUCCUCAAACGAUACGGUGUGUUGAAGUCGUUCUCCAGCUUUAGAGAUGUGGGCAUAGUGCAGGUCAAGGUGAUGAGAGCAGUAGGACUCAUGGCUGCAGACGUAACUGGUAAGAGCGAUCCCUUCUGUGUGUUGGAGCUGAACAAUGACAGACUGCAGACACACACUGUGUACAAGAACCUGAAUCCAGAGUGGAACAAAGUCUUCACCUUUAAUGUGAAAGACAUCCACUCCGUGUUGGAGGUGACUGUGUUGGAUGAGGACAGGGACAGGAGUGCCGACUUCCUGGGAAAAGUCGCCAUCCCACUGUUACGUAUCCAUAACGGAGAGCAGAAAGGGUACAUGCUAAAGAAUAAGCAGCUGACAGCACCGACCAAAGGAGUCAUCUACCUGGAGAUCGAUGUCAUCUACAACGCUGUCAAAGCUGCUCUGAGGACUGUGGUCCCUGCAGAACAGAAGUACAUGGAGGAAGAACCGAAAGUCUCCAAGCAG